UUUUGACUCUGUGUCGCGCCCACGUGUUUGUUGCCGCGCCGCAGUCCGUCGCUGGCGCCGUUUGCGCCGCACGGUCGCUUGUUUCACGCGAGUGUAUUUUUAUCAUUACGCGAAAUUUUAUCAAUCGACUCUACGCUCGCUUAUUAUUUCAUUACAGUGGUUGGUCGUUAUCGCUAUAGUUAUUAGUCAACGCGUUAAAAAUGAAAAAAGCAGACUCUCAGUGUAGUUUGGGCAGGGGUGAUCGUGGUUCGAGGCCGUCGCGUUUGCUAAUGGAUAGCAUAUCGUCUGACGAGGGGCCGGAGACAGAACGGCUCCUAAGCUCGCAGCUUCCGCCUGUAGUAGUGGCUAUGGCGAGUGGCCGCCGGGAAUCUUUGACAGCGCCUCCUUCGCCCACAGACUCGCGAAAAAAAAGGACUCACCACAACUACAGAAACCAUCUGCACCACCUCAUCCAUUGGAGAGAUAUUUGGGGAGAACCCCAUAAAGUACAUGAGAGCCUCCAUCGCAGCGAGUCGAUGGUGUCGCUGGCGUGCUUCAAGACGCUCUCACAGCUGGUAAACAGUGACUCUGCUGCGGAACUGCUGCAAUACCUCGCCAACAACAAGAACGUCAACGUCGAUGACAGAGAUGAGAAUGGCACAACGGCCCUCAUGGUGGCGUGCGAACACGGGCGCGUGGCGACGACGCGCGCUCUCUUGGCAGCGGGCGCGGAUUCGUGCGCGUGCGACGCUGACGGUUGGACCCCGCUAGCAUUCGCGGCUCGCGGCGGACACCUGCCCGUUGUCAGGGAACUUCUGGAUGCCGGAGCGAAGGUCGACUCCAGAGAUUGCGCCGCUUGGACUCCUCUCCUAUGGGCUUCGUAUAAAGGUCAUGAAGAUGUGGUGGCGCUACUGUUGGAAAAGGGUGCUGAUGUGCAUGCGCAUGGCAACUACAAUAUCAAUUCUCUGGUAUGGGCGGCGGGGAGGCGGCACAGUGGGGUGGUAGCGCGUCUAUUGGCUGCGGGUGCGCGCGCAAACUCUUGCGACAAGUACGCGACGUCUGCGCUGACGUGGGCGGCGCGCGCGGGUGACGUCGCCUCGUGCGCCGCGUUACUGCGCGCCGGCGCUGACCCCAACACCGCUGGCAUGUACUGCUGGACGCCGCUGCUGCAGGCUGCUCACGGGAACCACUUCGAGAUCGUGCAAAUGUUGCUAGAGCACAAGCCGAACGUGAACGCGCUAGACAAGGACGGGUUUACGGCGCUCGCUAUCGCCUGCAAGGAGGGAUAUUACGAUAUAGCUCUCGCACUUAUCAACUCCGGCGCAUACAUCAACGUUCAGGACCACUCAAAAGACACACCACUGAUCCACGCCGUAAAGGGCGGACACAAGAACAUCGUAGAAGCUCUCCUAAAGAAGCACGUGGACGUGGACUUGCCUGGCAAGGAGAACAAGACGCCAGUCUACAGCGCCGUGGAGAAAGGGCACGUGUCUAUAUUGAAACUUCUGCUCGCUUCUAAUCCGGACUUGGAGCAUACCACUAUUAGCGGCGAUACGCCAUUGAUGCGUGCGGUGCGUUCCCGUAACGCGGAAAUGGUGCAAUUGUUGUUGGAGAGGAAGGCGCGAGUCAACGUCGCCGAUAACCGGGGCGAUACCGCGCUACAUAUAGCUAUGAGGGCGCGUUCUAAGCAAAUAGUAGAAAUUCUUCUUAGGAAUCCUAAAAAUAGUCAAUUACUUUAUAAGCCUAAUAAGCAAAACGAGACUCCUUACAACAUAGACAUGAGUUACAACAAGACUAUUCUGGGUCAAAUAUUUGGGGCUCGAAAGCUGAACACAAAUGAGGACAAUGAAAACAUGUUGGGUUAUGAGCUUUAUAGCGCGGCUUUAGCGGAUAUGCUGUCUGAGCCAAGUCUAUCCGUGCCUAUUACGGUGGGCUUGUACGCGCGAUGGGGAUCUGGAAAAUCGUUCUUGCUCAACAAACUAAAGGAGGAGAUGAAAAACUUCGCCCGUCAAUGGAGCGAGACUGGCUGGGCUUGGUCCUGGGCCGUUUCGUGGGGGGCUUGGCACGCCGCCCUAGCGGUGGGGGCCAUUACUGCCACCGCGGGAGCUCCCGCUUAUAUAGCAGUUGCGGUGUGUUUCGCACUGUUUGCGGUCUUCUACAUGGCGCUAUACGUGCUGUGGUAUACGGGAAAUAGGUAUGAAUGGUGGUGGGCGGGCGGUGUAAUAUCGGCACUUGGUCACAAGUUCGCUUCUUUGUUGCUAGUGUUGCAAGUUGUGUUCUGUCACCCGCCCGGACCCAACGACCCGGGGGCGCUGCCGGCCACGCCUAUAAGAUUCCAUUUUACUGAGGGCAUGAAAAGCGGCGCUGGCCAAGAGGGCGAAGCGAUGGUUGUGCAAAUGAUAGCCAGUCUGGCUGAAGCGCUCGAAUGCCAAUACGGGCGAGUUUGUACGAGACUCGCGCGAGCCUUCCGACCCAAGCCGGUCUCUUCCACCUCGGGCUGGAAAUGGCGUAGAGUGUGUUGCAUCCCUCACAUCGUGACCUUCGAGUUGUGUUUCACGUGCAUACUGAUCGGAGUCUGCGUGCUCAUCAUGUACUACACGGACAAAGUGUCUGAUACUCCGCGGCGUGAAAUCCAACAGGGCGUGAUGAUCGGCGCGUGCGCGCUCGCCGGCGUGGUGGUGCUCGCGAACCUGUACACGUGGGGCCGCGUGCUCGCCGCGCUCGUACUACCGCCGCGCACCAGGCUCGCGCGCGCGCUCAAACGGGACGCGCCCACGCUAGCGCUGCGCCCCGAGCUGCACGCGCUCACGCACAUGGUAUCAUGCCUGGACGCAUUCACCGGCCAACAGACUCGCUUAGUUGUGGUCGUAGACGCUCUAGACAGCUGUGAGCAAGAGAAGGUGUUGGCUCUGCUCAACGCUGUUCACGCGCUCUGCUCAGACCCGAAGAGCCCCUUCAUACUUCUACUCGCUAUUGACCCUCACAUCAUCAGCAAAGCUGUGGAGGUGAACAGCCGUCGAGCGUUCUCUGAGAGCAACAUCGGCGGUUGGGACUACCUUCGGAACAUGGUGCAGCUGCCGUUCUACCUGCAGAACUCUGCGCUGCGCCGCGUAAAGACCGCCCAGCAAACUGCCGCGAAACGUAUGCAAUCUCUGGCUGCUGAUGACUUCUCCACAUCACUACAGAGAUCUGUAUCGGCUCGUCGCCUGUCCAACACGUCAGAGCUGAUGUCCAGCCAGGAGCGUAUCAAGAACCAGGCGGGCAAGGAAGUUCCGAGCAGUAGCGUUCAAGCGGCGCGCGCCCGGAGACUUCGCCCUUCCGAGUCGGUGGCAUCUUCGGUCGCCUCAGGGCUCCACAGGGCGGCGGCGCCGGCCGCGGGCGCUGCAGACUUGGGCCGCGUACUGCUGACAGACGACUACUUCAGCGAUGUUAACCCUCGCAGUAUGCGUCGAUUGAUGAACGUUUUGUACGUUACUGGUCGGCUGCUGAAAGCAUUCCAAAUAGAAUUCAACUGGUACCAACUCGCGUCGUGGGUUAAUCUGACGGAGCAAUGGCCGUUCCGCACCUCCUGGAUAAUCUACCACCACGAGACCUAUGAAGACCACAUUGAUGACUCCACGUCGCUCAAACAUAUCUAUGAGAAAGUGAAGCCAGUAAUGAGCAAUCUCCGCGAAGCUAGCACCCUUAUGGAACUGGAUCGCGACGAACGCAAACUAGAGGUGUUCCUGAGCUUCCACCGGUCCACGCUCACCGCUGCUGACCUCAAGAUCUUCCUGCCAUUCACCAUCAAUCUGGACCCCUACAUCAAGAAAGUCAUUAAGGAGGAACAACUUCAGUCUGGGGUGGACGAAGACGUGGGCCCGGGCGGCGCGGCGCCCUGGGGCACUCCUCACCACCCGCGUCAUCAUCAUCCACACUCCAAACUGUUCCACAGGAAACAUCGCUUAUCGCCUCCAAGCCAGACCGCAGCGCCAGUAGCGGUGAGUCCGCAACAGAUGUGGGUGGGUUGGGCCAACGCGCCCCCGUACAUGCAGCAAGGGAUGACGCAACAAAUGCCGCAGUUUGCCCCCGCAUACCCGCCCCAAGCACCAGUGCAGAACCCAGUCAAUAUGCUUAGAACGGCGUUUCCGGCUUUGGGUGACGUAUCCGGGCUGCGUUUGUCAACGUUAAGCGUGGAGCGCGUGUGUUCCCUGGCGCGCGCGGCGCUGGGCGCAGGCGGAGAGACUGCGUGCGCGGCGCUGCAGCGGCACCGCGUGUGCGGGCUCGCGCUCGCUGCGUGUCGCCUGCACGAGCUGGAGCCGAUUCUCGAAUUACCUUUCGGCGACUGGGAACUCUUUAAGCUGCUCGUGAUAAAUCUUCGUGAACUUGAGGCAAGCUUGCCUAUAACAGCACCCACGGUUAACGUAAUAUCAGAGAAGAAUGUGGAAACGGAACCGGAUGCAGUGAAACCGAGACCAGUGAUCGAGCACCAACGUAGCCGCCCAUCUAAUGUUGAAAAACAGGUAACUCUGGAGGAGCAGAUGAUCUGCGGCGCCCUACAGACACUGAACGAGGAAGCAUUAGAAGACGUGCUACAGACGGACACCGCGCCAGGUGAGAGCCCGGAGAGCGCCGUACCCCUGGUGCAGCCCGCGGCUGUCCCUGCUUCCGCUUCCGCUAUAGCGGGCAGGCAGGGGCAGGUUGUCCUCAACCUACCCGAUGACGUGUUCCUGUAAACCGACCGGGAUCGCUAACGCAAAACAAAAGCUGAACGAUUCUAACUUACCCUUCGUUUACACCAACAAACAAGUUUUAAAGGGUGGGCAAAAGUCCCGCUACUAUUUUGAUUGCCUAUAACUUUGUUCAAAGUAGAGAUAAGUAGGAUUGGUUUUCAUAAAAGGUUUAAUUGGUCUUUACAUUUUUUUCGUUAUGAUUGGAAAAUUAUAUCGGCUACAUGGUGACCGCGAUUUGCUAUGCAACUCUCAGCUCUUUUUAAGGCAUUUUUCAUGACAUCCUGUAACAUUUCAGGCUGAAUUUCUUCAAUAUCGUGACGAAUAUUGUCUUUAAGAUGUUGAAUCGUUUGGGACCCAUUCACAUAAACUUUUGAUUUUAAAAAACCCCAUAAAAAGUCUGGUGCUGUUAAAUCCGAAGAUCUGGCUGGCCGAUUAGAAUAUUUUUGACGCAAUUUCCGCUGAGUGGCAAUAAUGGAACGAUUAUUUUUAAUAAAUAUUGUCACUAUUUCUGCUCGUUCUUAUCACCUAUAUUUAUCGAUUAUAAAAUUGGGGCGUCUACACUACACACUGCUUAAAGCGAAACCGAUAUAAACGUCACAUAACCAAAAUGGCGCCAUCAAAAUGGUAGCGGGACUUUUGCCCAACCCUGUACAACUUAAAUAAUCACUCGGUCCAGAAAGUUUAUCUAGCAAAAUUUUUAAUUUUCAUUAGAUUUACAAAUAUAGCAGUUUAAUGUUUGAAAUAACAAUAUAAUAAGUUAUAUCGUAGUUUUUUAAACAAAACUUGCGGAACAGUUAUUGUGACUGUUUUAAACAUUUGUUAUAUUCAUUGAUGCUGUAUAGAUAACAAGUUUAGUAUCUAUUAAAGUAAAAGUAACACUCAAUUAUUUCACAUGAGUUUCUUGUUUUAUACCGUGUGAAAUAAAUAUAAAGACAUUGUAUAAGAUAUGAAAAUUGCAUGUAUUAUACUUUGGUGUAAGAAAGGGGUAAUGCCGCAUGUUUUGAGUUGCAGCGCUUGAAAUGCUUCGUCUACGGACAAUCCUCGUUUUGUCGUAAGAAUACUUGACUAUCUCUAUAUACUCCUUGCUAGUACAUCUAUACGCUAUCCCGUAUUUUAGCUUACUUUAUGAAUUAGUUUAUUUUCUUCUAUGAUAAAAAUUUGUUAUUUUUAAUAUUAAUGAAAAAAUAUUUCGGAUCGACGAAAUAUAGUGAAACAUGAAAAUUACAUUCGAUUUUUUAAAGUUAAAAUUCAAGUAUUCUUUAAUUAAAAUGAUGGCGAGUUCGUAACAUUAGCUUAAGUUUUUCAUUUUAUGAAGAAUGCAUUAAUUGAAGCUUGAACCAAUUCGCGCAGAGAACAAAUAGAAGGUCAUUGGUAGAGAAUAGUGUGUGUACUGUUGCUCUUGUAAUCAUCAAAUUGUAUAUAUAGUUUCUUAAUACACAUUCGUAACAAUCCCACGCGACCCACGCUUUUAUAAAAAAUAUUUUGAAAUUUCAUCAAACAUCAUUUGAUGCAAAUUAUUUAUGACCAUAUUUAUGAUUGAGAUGUUAUAUUA